CGCGUGUGAGAGGCUGUGGACUGAGCAGCUGCUGGGCACUGGGGCUAGGGGUCUUCUGGUGUAUGGCUGGUGGGUGGUGCCACUCGGGCAGCUUUUGGGCACUGACGAGCUCUUGGGGAAGCCUGUAUAUGAGGCGACGAUUAGUGGUGCAUGCUGGGUGAAUGUUGAGCGAGGAGGAGGGAAUGUACUGUACCUCACUGUGCUCAUUAGUUGCUAGUGCCCGCUGUGUGCCAGUGCCCGCUGUGUGCCAGGGAGAAGAUGAGGCUACUCAGGGCUUUGAUGAAAAGCGCCCCCUUAUCCAGCAGCAGUACCACGAGUCAGGUGGACUUCUACUCCAAGUUUUCGCCGUCCCCCCUGUCCAUGAAACAGUUCCUGGAUUUCGGUUCAGUGAAUGCGUGUGAAAAGACCUCAUUUAUAUUUCUGAGGCAUGAAUUGCCAGUACGAUUAGCAAACAUCAUGAAAGAGAUAAAUUUGCUUCCAGACAACCUCUUGAAGAUGCCAUCCAUUAGGCUGGUUCAGAGCUGGUAUGUUCAGAGCUUCCAAGAAAUAAUUGAUUUCAAGGACACCAAUACAGAGGACCCAAAUACAGUCCGAAAAUUCUCAGACACAGUGAUCACCAUCAGGAAUCGGCACAAUGAUGUCAUCCCAACUAUGGCUCAGGGAGUGGUUGAAUAUAAAGAUAGUUUUGGGGUCGAUCCAGUAACUUCUCAGAAUGUGCAGUAUUUUUUAGACCGCUUUUACAUGAGUCGCAUAUCAAUUAGAAUGCUGCUAAAUCAACACACUUUGCUCUUUGGAGGGAAAGUGAAAGUGAAUCCAGCACAUCCGAAGCACAUCGGCAGCAUUGACCCAACAUGCAACGUUGUCGACGUUGUUAAAGAUGGAUAUGAAAAUGCAAAACAUCUGUGUGAUUUAUAUUACAUGAGCUCUCCGGAAUUAGAGCUAACCGAGUUCAAUGCUAAAUCUCAAGGACAGCCCAUUCAAGUGGUGUAUGUACCAUCUCAUCUCUACCACAUGGUGUUUGAACUUUUCAAGAAUGCAAUGAGAGCCACCAUGGAAUUCCAGGCAGACAAAGGAGUCUAUCCUCCUAUCAAAGUGCAUGUGGCUUUGGGCAGUGAGGAUUUAUCAGUUAAGCUCAGUGAUCGAGGUGGAGGAGUCCCUUUAAGGAAAAUCGAGCGAUUGUUCAAUUACAUGUAUUCUACUGCACCUCUGCCUCGAAUGGAGACAUCCCGCGCAACCCCAUUGGCCGGGUUUGGAUAUGGCUUGCCAAUAUCUCGCCUCUAUGCCAAGUAUUUUCAAGGAGACUUGAAGUUAUAUUCAUUGGAGGGAUAUGGGACAGAUUCUGUUAUAUACUUCAAGGCUUUAUCAACGGAGUCAGUGGAGAGGCUUCCGGUGUACAACAAAUCUGCCUGGAAACAUUACAAGACCAACCAUGAAGCAGACGAUUGGUGCGUCCCUAGCAGUGAGCCCAAGGACAUGACCACCUUUCGCAGCAACUGAAUGACGAAUGCUCAGCGCAGAGAUUUAAGAGCCUCUAAUGUAACAUGGCAAUUGCCUUUCUGUCAGCCUCUCACAUGUAAUGUGUACAUCAUCAGCAGUUAUUCAAGUGACAGGCUGCACCAUUUGUACUUCAGGUUUGCUCUUAACACACACAUUAUUGUUGCAUUUUGCCUGUGACUCUUGUUCUGGCUCCCCACCCAUUUUUAAAAGGGUGGCUCAGCCCGUUUUUUUUUUUUUUUCUAUUAUGCUUUUGUUUCCUUUUAAUCUGUGCCAGGGACAGGAAAUAAAAUAAUCGCAGGCGGGGAGAA